AUGAAGUUCGCUCUUCCAGCGGCAUGUCUGCUGUCAGCGGCACAUGCCGCCCAGUAUAGCAAAGCACAGUAUGAGUCUGGCGAGGUAAUGGCCCAGAUGAUGCAAGCAAAAGAGGCUGCAUGGGCAAAACGCAGAGCUGCUGGCGACUACGAUAGCGCUAAAUGGAAUGGCUGGAACGAGAACUCACGCAACGGCCGGGCCAGCGUGCCGUGCGUUGAUGGCGUCGCUGAAGUAGUUCCUGGUGAUGCCGACCAAACCUACAAGUGUAAGAACAUUGACACGUACGACUACAAGACGCACGAGGAGCUUGGCAGCAACGAUGGCGAAGGUUCUGGUAGUUGGGGCUGGGUUUCUGAUGACGGUCGAGAAUUCAUUGCCAUCGGCCAAACCGACGGCGCGGCAUUCGCAGAAGUCACAAGCAAAGGCGUGCUGAGCUACCUUGGCAGACUGCCAGCUCAAGCAGAUCCCGUCAUCUGGCGGGAGAUCAAAUCUAAUGGACCUUAUAUGAUGAUCGGGUCGGAGGGCGUCGGCCACGGAAUUCAAAUCUUCGACAUGCGAAGGCUUCUGGACAUCGAUCCGGGUAGCCCCAAGGUUUUCUCCACAAGCUCUGACCUGACCGAUCUGCCCCUCGGCCGUUCGCACAAUGUCGUUGUCAACGAGGAGAAGAACUAUGCUGUGGCCGUUGGCGCUGCUCCAAGAUCCGAUGCAUGUGCAUCCGGCCUCAUCUUUAUCAACAUGGACGAUCCGACCAACCCUUACAAGACAGGCUGUGCUCCUCAAGAUGGCUACGUGCAUGAUGCUCAAUGCAUUGUAUACCGAGGUCCUGACACUCGCUACGAUGGGAGAGACAUCUGUUAUGGAUACAACGAGGACACUCUAACAAUCUACGACGUUACCAACAAAACAGGUCCCCAAGCCGCGACCAUAAUCUCACGCACCACCUACGUCGGCGCGACCUACACGCAUCAAGGCUGGGUCCUCGACCCUCAAUGGCAAUCCCACCUCCUGAUGGACGACGAAAUCGACGAAGGCGUCAUCGACCCCGAAAACACAAACCCCGGCCCGGCCUCCGACGGCUUCGCAGUCACCUACAUCUGGAGCAUCGAAGACCUGGAAAACCCGGUGCAAACCGGCUACUACAAAUCCUCCAUCCGGUCCGUCGACCACAACCAAUUCAUCCACAACGGUCUCGCCUACCAAUCAAAUUACCAAGCCGGUUUAAGAAUUUUGGAUGUCAGUGGUAUCCCCGAGGAUCCUACGGGCGGGAAUGUGGAGGAGGUUGCGUUUUUUGAUGUUUUUCCUCCGGAUGACAAUAUGCCCGGGGGAGGGGUUGCCACUUGGGAUGCGGGGACUUGGAGUCAUUUUACGUUUCCGUCCGGGUUUGUUGUUAUUAACACUAUUGAUCGCGGGGCGUUUGUUGUUAGGAGUAGGGGGUUUAGGGGGAGGGGGUUUAGGAGAGGGGCUUAGGAUUGAUUUUUUUAGAGGAGUAUACUCUAAUAGUAGAUCUUUAGGUAAAAGAAUACGCUAGCUAUAGUGUUUUAU